CCAAGUUGGUCUCUAUUCCAGCAAACCUACGAUUCAUUCCCCUUUCUGCUCUGUACAAUUAAAACCUUUUUGACAUUCAAAAAACUUCUAUAUAUAUUAAAAAAAAAAACCCAUUAAAUGGCGGCCGAGGAAGAUCAAAGCAUUGCCAAACUGAAGGCCACUAUGGCCAACUGCAAUUUGGACACCAAAAACGCUGAUGAUUUUGCUGAAUUCGAGGCCACUCUCGCCAAGAUCGAUGAUAUAUUGAAUAAUGGUGCAAGCCACGAUGAUGAGCCAGAGGCAGAUGAUGGGAAGGUAAAGGAAAAGAUCGACUUUGACACUAUUGAUGUGGACAAGGUGCGGGUCAAGGUGCGCGAGAAUCGCACUGUGAUUAAUAGGAAAAGCAUUCAGGAGGACCAAGACAAGCAGGCCAAGACAAUGGACCAGCAGACAUUCAUGGAGCAGGUGGAGCGGGAUGCCAAUGAGCGUGCAGAGGCGCGGGCCAAGAACGAAUACGAUGCUGAGCUACAGAGAAGCCAGGGAAAUGAAGCCUUUCGCAACCAGAAAUACGAGAAAGCCAUUUUGCACUAUGGCAAGGCCAUUGAAAAGAUCAAGGACAGUGCCAUUACCUACAAUAAUCGCGCCUUGUGCUAUAUCAAGCUUCGCAACUACAAACGCGCUCUGCAGGACUGCCAGCAUAUCCUGGAGAAGCUACAUGAGACUAAUUUGCGCGCCUGGCUCUACCGUGCCACUGUCUACAAGCGCUUAAAUGACACCGAAAACUUCGAGGAGAGCGUGGCCAAGGCCCGCGAGCAUAAUCCCAAACAGCUGGCCUACAUCGACAAAUACAUCAAGCAGAUGGAAGCCGAAGAGUAAUUCAAUCAAUCUCUCUCCAAUUAAUUUAAUCUAUUAUUUGUUAGUAAUACUCACUCAGCAU